UGUGUGUGUGUGUGUGUGUGUGGAGCGUUCAAAUAGAGGGCACACUGUCGAGCGUUGAACAACACGGGGGACGUUCGUGGAAACAGCAUGAGAGAUAUUAUGUCACACAGGCGAGCUGAACUCUACUCGUACGACUUCUGUGAUGUCGACCACCCGGCAGCGCUCCUGGAUGCUCUGAGGCGCUUCUACACGAGUGGCCUGUUCACCGACGUGGCUCUCCAGUGCGGCGAGUCCGGACAGGUGUUCCACUGCCACAAGGCGCUGCUGUCGGCCCGCAGCUCCUAUUUCAAAGUCAUGUUCACGGCCGACAUGAGGGAGAGGUCAAACAGCGUCAUCAAGCUCACCGGGGUGGACUCCGGGGUCCUGGAUGCUUUGGUGAACUACGUGUACACAGCCCAGCUGAGCAUCACUCAGAGUAACGUGCAGAGCCUGCUGGAGGCUGCUGACCUGCUGCAGUUCCUUUCGGUGAAACAAGCAUGCGAGGAGUUUCUGGUUCGCCUCCUGGAUGUGGACAACUGCUUGGGGAUGCACGCAUUCGCUGAGCUGCACCUGUGCGCUGGCCUGGAGAGGGAGGCCCGCCGGGUGAUGCUGAGCAGGUUCACAGAGCUCAUCCAGCAGGAAGAGUUCCUCGAGCUGGAUCCCGGGAAGAUGAGCUCCGUUCUGGCUGCUCAGAACCUCACCGUACAGAGGGACGACGUGUUGAUAGACGCUGUAGCCAAGUGGGUGACCCAUGACUUGGAUAAUCGUGUUCACUGUUCUGCGGAGUUGCUGCACUCCAUCCACCUAGAACUUGAUGAGAUUUACUUCAAGGCUACUUUGGAGGUGCACAGACGAUGCUUGCUGAACAGUGAAGACAUUUUUAAAUCUAUGAUCGUUCAGGCUUUAAGGUCCAAUGGCAAAGAUCUGUCCGCCAGCAGAAAAAUGUCUUCCAGCAUGUAUAUCAUCGGUGGAUAUUACUGGCACCCUCUUUGUGAGGUUCACAUCUGGGAUCCUAUCAGCAACACCUGGGUGCAAGGAAAAGACAUGCCAGACCACUCUAGAGAGAGCUACGGUGUCAGUUUACUUGGAGCAAAUAUCUAUGUGACUGGUGGUUACAGGACAAACACGGUCGAGGCUCUGGACACAGUUUCGGUUUAUAACUGUGACUAUGAUGAAUGGACCGAGGGCUGCCCCAUGAUCACAGCUAGAUACUACCACUGCUCUGUGGCGCUGCAUGGCUGCAUUUAUGCCAUUGGAGGAUACAAAGGAGGAGCUCCGGAGCAAGAGACCGAAUAUUAUGAUCCCUUGAAAAAGAAAUGGUCCCCUUUGGCCAAAAUGAUCCAAGGUGUAGGAAAUGCCACUGCCUGUGUGAUGGGAGAUCAAAUCUAUGUGACUGGAGGUCACUAUGGGUACAGAGGAAACUGUACCUAUGAAAAAAUCCAAGUCUACAAGCCAGAUGUCAAUGAGUGGAGUAUCAUUACAAUAAGUCCGCAUCCAGAGUACGGGCUGUGUUCAGUGUCUCUCAACAACAAGCUGUAUUUGGUGGGUGGACAGACGACUGUCGCGGACUGCUACGACAUAGAAAGAGACGAAUGGAGACCAAUAUCCGUGAUGAAGGAGAGGAGGAUGGAGUGCGGGGCGGUGGUCAUUAAUGGUUGUAUUUAUGUAACAGGGGGAUACUCCUACUCAAAAGGGACCUAUCUGCAGACCAUUGAGAAAUAUGACCCAGAGCUGGACUCUUGGGAGAUUGUGGGGACUCUUCCAAGCCCAGCCAGAUCACAUGGCAGUGUUUGUGUUUGCAGUGUUUAGUGUCAAACUCACAUCAUUUUGUGCCAAAUGGAUCUGAUUCUGUCAACGUCUGCAAAUGUCCGCUACACGAUCACACAUGAUAUUGAGCUUGUAUAACGGCUGUUAUAGAGAGCUACCCGUUUGCCAAACU